CCCAAGGCGUACACAUAAAUUUGUCAGACAUUUGUUGAGAUCAACAGGCUGUUACAUUUAACUGGAUACAGGGAAACUGGAAUGGAGAUCGUUGGGAUACCACUGGGGGAUAUUGUGUUGGAAAAUAAAGUGUUUGAGGGUGUCAAUUUCCCUAUCCUGUGUCCCGGAAAUGUUGCAGACCAUCUUGAGAAGAUAAGAAAUCUGAAAUAUCACCCGGAUGAUGUUUAUAUCAUGUCCUUUCCUAGAAGUGGGACACAUUGGGUGAGAGAAAUCGUCGCCAUGUUACUAAAAGGCAAAGCAGAAUGUAUUGCUAAAGAUGACAUAGAUUUUCCUUUAGAAUUGCUGGGUAUCGAUACUAUUGAGAAGGAAGCAUCCCCAAGAGUAUUCUAUUCUCACAUGCCAUUUCGGUAUUUGCCGCAGGACCAUUUGGCACAACAUGGAAAAGUGAUUGGAUGUUUUCGUAAUCCGAAAGAUGUUGUGACGUCAUCAUAUCAUUUUUUAAAUAACAUUUUAACUUUUGACGUCAACUGGAAUACCUACUUCGACGUCAUUUUGGAAGGAAACGGUACCUACGGAUGCUGGUUUGACUGGCGAGACCAAUGGAAGACAACACUGGACCAACAUGCAGAUAGCCCUCCUCUUACUAUUUCAUUCGAGGACACCAGCAGGAACUUACCAGGACAAGUUCGCAGAAUCGCCGAAUACCUAGGCGUGACCCAUACCGACACCCUGAUUGAAGACAUUGCGCAUGCGUGUGAAUUCAAGAACAUGAGAGAUGCAAAGUCCAAGAAAAAGGCCAAUAUGAUGGAGAGAAUUGAGGAAGGCAUUCAACAAUCCGAUCGCAUUGUAUUAAAAGAUGUCAAAGAGAACAUUAGUGAAAACAGUGUUAUUCGAAAAGGGAUAGUUGGAGACUGGAAAAGUCUGUUUACGCCCGAGCAGACUGACAGAUUCAACACGCUUUACAGACAGAGAGCACUACCAUCUCAUCCGUUAGAAUUUAAAGAAUAUUUGGAGACCUAAUCAACCUACUGAAAAUACUCUCAUUGUUAUUUAUUUUUUA